AUGGCUCCGCAUUACCAGGCCGCUACGCUGAUUGCUGCUCCGUCCUAUCCGAACUCCAUUACCUGGUCAAGCGAGAACUUGGUGGCUGUUGCUUCUGGUCACAUUGUCACUAUCCUGAACCCAGCCGCAAUUGAAGGGCCUCGUGGAUUUGUCUUGCUUCGCCCUAGAGAUCCUUUUCCCAUUGGAGUGGUUAAAAGAGAAGAUCUCCUUGAACCAUGUUUAGUCCCCACUUUCUUAGUGUGUGAUACUGAACCAUGCGCACGUUGUUUGCUUGCCGUUUGUACUGUUGAUGGUCAUGUAAAUCUUUACCGCCCACCAAUUUGGGAAUUCUGUGAUGAAUGGGUUGAGGUCUCGGAUGUUUCUAAAUUACUGUUCAACUAUUACAAAAGUAUAAACUUUGGAGAGGAUGAUAGUCCUGAUUCAAUUCCUCAGGAAAAGGCAAAUAGUGAGCAGACACAUGCGAUGGAAUGUACUGGUGAAUUGCAAGGACCUCUUUCCUGCAGCGAUCUUGGGCGGAGAAAAAGGAAACCAUCAAGAUUUGAAAGCUAUGUUUAUGAUGAGGAUGAAGGUGAUUUAGAUGCUUCAAAGGAUGCAGACUUCUGGCUCAAUCCAUGCUGCAAGUCAAAGAAGAUAUCUAUGAAGACGAUUGUCAAAUCUGGGCGUACAACUGCUAUCGUAAAUGGGUUAGGUGGCUCACAGGAUACGAAAGCAGCAGUCUCUUGCAACAAAGAAAACGCAUGUCUUCCUCUUAUCACCGCAGAACAGUAUGCACUUCAAAAUGCAAUUUUGUCUUCUCUGGUAGUUGCAUGGUCUCCAGUUGUGCCAUCACGCGACACUACUUCACAUUUGUUGAGAAAUUGGUGCAUUCUUGCUGUUGGCUCCAAGUCUGGGGACGUUUCAUUUUGGAAAAUAUGCAAGCCUGAGUAUUACACCAUAGAUGUUUGCAUGGUUACCAGAGAUCCAAUACUCAUCGGGGUUCUUAAAGCACAUAAUUCAUGGGUUAGUGCCAUCAGUUGGGAAGUUUCCUUUGCAGACUCUUCAAAGUCCUCACUACUUUUAGCAACUGGAUGUUCGGAUGGAAGGUGA